AUGACUGAGAAUAAGUGGUCUUUUCCCCCCAGUUAUCCUCUUAAUGGAGACAAGCUGGCCUUAGCAAAGAGCAUUAUUGCCACCUUCCCAUCUCUGAGUGUCCAUGUGGCUGGACAAGGGGAGGGAUUUCUGGACUCAGAAUUUGGAAGGCUCACAGGUGAAAAGGCAGACCUAUUCCUUUGUAAAUGGGAGGCCAACAUCAUACCAAUACUCAAACCCGUGGCUGCUAUGGAACCAAGACUGUGCACUCUUUUGAAAGGGAUUGAAGACAUGACCGAAGAUGAGGCUUGUUACACAAUGCUUGUGUUGUUAACACAUGUACUACCCCCUGUUGGUGUCAGUCGUUGUAGCGCCAAGACAACAAUAACGUACCUUCUGGAUUUUGUGCUGCCUGGAACAAGAAUAGCAUCACUGUGCAGUGAUUCCUCUGCUUCAUCAACGAAUCAUCAGCCCCGGCUGAUGUGCAUCGGUGACCUGGGGUCAUUGAAGCAGUAUGUCAUUGUUGCUAAGAAUGACAAAGUCACCAUCCCUCGAGAGGAUGGUCUCAAGUGUGCUGUGGACAAGCUUUUCAAACUCUACUGGGUCUGCAACUUGUCUUAUCCUCCACAACUCUGCCGUGUUCUUUACAUUCUUUGA